AUGACCGCUAGCGUACAACCGAAGCCGUUAUAUUUUAUAAGUGGUUACGUGAUGUACCGUUGUUUUACUUUUGUUUACAAAUAGAGCAUAAUUUUAGCACACUUGCGUCGGCGGCGCCAAGAAUCGACACUAGACUGUGCGAAAUUCAUUCCAUGAACUUCAUUCAUGAAAAACUGCAUCAGGAGAGCUUUCAUUGCAACUGCAGCAUCGUUUUGUACUAAAAAGCUUCUGCACAACGUGGUGUGCGUGUUGGUGCGAAGGCCCCCGUAGGCUGGUGUUGGUAUGUUUCGCAUGUUCGCGGUGCUCAACCAACCUCAAACAAGCAUCUGCUGUCAAAUCUUUUCGGACCUUGCAACAGGAGCUUGGUGGAAACGGUGCCGUCGUCACGGAUAGACACGAUACUCCCGACUGGGAUAGUGUAGAAUCGCUGUUUUUCGGUGAAAAUAGUGUUUCAUAAUCGGCAAGGUCAAGAGCAAAUGGUGCAAGUAGAAUAAGAGCAGCCGAAAAACAUUACCGUCUUUGUUCUGGUUUGUUUGGGUUGAAAGUGAUUUGAGGCAGCAAAAGUCGUGAGGAUCAGGAACGGUCGUGUAUUUCACGCAACAAAGCAACCGGGGAAGGGUCGCGUUCGAUGAAAAAUAACAAAAACUGGUGAAACUGCCUACUCAGGUUUUGUCGCCAAGACCCAACGCUAUAGCAACACAAAACGGAAUUGUAGGGGACGUGUUUCACCCAAGCACGCAUUUCAACUACUAUUCGAUUCGGUACCAUCCAAGCAAACAAUAUGGCCUCCAGUAUUGGCUCGGUUUCAACCGGAACCAAAAAAACUUCCACCACGGCAACAGGCCAAACGGCUGGCACCGGUAGGAAGAAGUCCGGUCCAAAGUUUGAGCUCACUGAUGAGCAAAGGCAAGACAUCAAAGAAGCAUUCGAUCUAUUCGAUUCUGAGGGCACCGGGAUGAUUGAUACCAAGGAACUUAAAGUGGCCAUCCGAGCCCUAGGCUUCGAGCCGAAAAAGGAAGAAAUUAAAAAGAUGAUCGCCGAAAUCGACAAAGAUGGCACCGGAAAGAUUUCCUUCGAGGACUUCCUGUCGCUGAUGACGGUCAAGAUGGCCGAGAAGGAUUCCAAGGAAGAGAUACUGAAAGCGUUCCGUUUGUUCGAUGACGACGAAACGGGAACCAUUUCGUUCAAGAAUCUUAAACGCGUUGCCAAAGAAUUGGGCGAAAACCUAACCGACGAGGAACUGCAGGAGAUGAUCGAUGAAGCGGACCGGGAUGGAGACGGCGAGGUCAACCAGGAGGAGUUUUUGCGGAUUAUGAAGAAAACUAGCCUCUACUAAAAGGGCCAAACGAAUAUUAACUUGCUUUUGCGAUUCAGAGUACCUUGAUAGAAAUUCCGAUUAAGGGAAUGCAUUUUUUUGCGUUACAAUAGUCACAAAACAACUAUCUUUAGUAAUAAGUUUCUCGCACUACUAUUUAAUAAAAUACAGAAAUAAUAAACCAGUGAUGCACUGAUCUUCGAAUCAA